GCUAAAAGGAUUAGCUUGCCUUUUAGUUAAGUGUCUCUUUUCUUCCAUUGUGUAUGUGUGUUUUUAAUUUUGCUUCAUUUAUUUUUAACAACUAGUACAUUUUACAUUUCAAUCUGCUGUAAAUGUAAGAAUUGCACCUGUUUAUGAAGGCUGUAUUAUAAUACCAUUGUACUAGAUAGGCUUCUAUCAUUUAAAUAGCCAAUAUUGGCACUGCUAAUAUUGACAGAUAAAGUUCAAGUGUUUGUGAAGUUAGGGAAAAAGAACAGUGGAUAAGGUUGCCACAGUAACUUUUGGUCUGAUUUUGACACAUUCUUGAUCUAAGCCAGACUUUAGUAUUUCUCAACUGUUAAUGUGAAAUCCAGUGCUACCCCUUUAGACACUUGAGGGGUUUUAGUGCUUAUUCAACGUCAGAAUCACAGGAAAGAUAUUUCACGUCUUGCAACAGUUAUUCAAGCUUUGUUGUUCUUCAAAAUAAAGAUGUCGCCGCUGGUGCUGGGAGUCGGAGCUUGCUUAGCUGGGUGGAUUGCUCUUUAUGUUUUGCUGUGUUACACAAAUGGCUCUUGUAGCUAUGAAUGGAACUGUCGACUAGUUACACUGUUACACGGCAUUCUUGCUGUGUGUAUAACUGCGUAUAUCGGAUACAUAGAUGGACCGUGGCCUUUCACGUACCCAGGUACAAAGAACACCCCUCUGCAGAUCACCGCUAUGGUGGUCAGUCUGGGUUACUUUAUCUUUGACAUGGCCUGGUGUGUGUACUUCCGCACCGAGGGUCUGGUGAUGCUCGCCCAUCACACCAUGACCAUCCUGGGUAUUCUGCUAACUCUGUGGCUGGGGGAGUCGGGGAUCGAGGGUUGUGCCGUGCUGUUUGGCAGCGAGAUCACAAACCCUCUCCUCCAGACUCGCUGGUUCUUGAAACACUCUGGCCGUUACGACAGCUUUCUUGGAGACCUAGUAGACGUCCUGUUUGUGCUGUUGUUCGUGUUCAUGCGGAUUUUUGUAGGAGGCACCAUGCUGUACUGUGAGCUCAUCUCACCCAGACCCAAGUUCAUCAUUAAAUGUGGUGGCGUGGCCAUGUACGCUCUGUCCUGGGUGUUUAUGGCUGACAUUGCCCGUUUUGCAUACCGCAAAUCCCAAGUUAAAUAUCAGCGUUGGAUGAAUCGGCACAGGAUGGAGGUCAAUGGGCAAGAUUUGAAGAGAGAUUAAAAUUUUCUCAUAUCAGCGUAUUGGUCUUUGUUUUUUUUAACACUGAAGAGAAGAAUUUGAAUCAGAACAGGUGUACCAGCUAAUACGGCUUUGCAUCUAAUUGAUGUUUGCAUAUUUUAUAAUAGAGAUAUCAGCCAUCUAUAGUUGUUAUACACUUUCAGUAUACACGUGGGACUUCUGUUAUUAGCCAUUGUGAUUAACUCAAGAAAUACAAACUCUCUUAUAUAUAUAUAUUUGUACUCAUAAGAAUUAUGUCUUUUAACUGCCUAGUUCUGGAAAUGUUUGAUAUUUUUGUAAUUGGGAACAUCUAUCAGAAAUCAAUUUUAAUCAUUAGUUAUUCUUGUAUGUUCUCUUUAAAUAAACUUUUAGUAUUGUGCAGUAUUCAGAUUUGUUAUGAAACACUACUAAAUGUUCAUUGUGUAUUACUAAAUGAUGUGUGUAAGAUUACAUAAUUUGAAUGAGAAGGUAAAUCAAGAGUGAAGUGUUUGGAAAUUACAAUUUUUAAUUUGUGAAAUGACGAAAUUCCUAUUAAAUGAGUUAAUCA